AUGCAAGAUUAUACUUUCAAAAAUUUAAUAGUAAAUUUUCCUUCUCAAUUUGUGAUUCAUGUGGAAUUUAAUCGGCCUACAAAACUCAACGCCUUUGAUCAAACGUCUUGGCGCGAAUUACAUGAUUGUUUUAAGCAAAUAGAAAUAGAUUCAGAAGUUAGAGCUGUUGUAAUAUCGGGAGUUGGCAAAUUUUUCAAUGCAGGAAUCGACCGUAGAAAAGAUUCUUCACGUCGUUUUUUUAACAUACGAAGGUCAUUGAUUGUGCUUCAAGAUUCAAUCUCAUCAUUGGAAUUAUGUGACAAACCAGUAAUUGCCGCUAUUCAUAAUGGUUGCAUUGGAGCUGGUGUUGAUUUGAUUACUGCUUGCGAUAUUCGAUAUUGUUCACAAGAUGCAUUUUUUAGUGUCAAGGAGGUCGAUCUUGGACUUGCAGCUGAUAUUGGUACAUUGCAACGUUUUCCCAAAGUAGUUGGUAAUAAUAGUAUUGUUAGAGAAUUAUGUCUAACCGGUCGAAAUUUCUCUUCAACUGAGGCUCUUGAUAUUGGUCUCGUAAAUAAAAUUUUUCAAACUAAAGAAGAAACUAUUACGGGAGCUUUAAAAACGGCGAGUAUUAUUGCUAGCAAAUCUCCAACAGCUACUUUAAGUCUUGCUUAUACUGCAGCUUGGAAUAGUGCAGUGCUCAAUGGAAGCGAGGAUUUGAUGGAAGCUUUUAAUGCUACCAUGGAGAAAAGGAAACCAAAAUUCUCUAAACUAUAA